AAUUACUUUCCUUCUCGAUCAUUGUGUUUGGCCCAUUCUUAAAAUUACUGUAAAUUAAUUUUUAAGUAAAAGCUUUUAACUUAUUUCCCUUCGCUCUUCCCUUUCUCAAUCUCCCGCUCUCGAGGUCUCUCUCUCAACUCAACGCCCAGCCGCCCUCCCUUCCCUCCACAGAUAUCUGCCGGCGACACCUCACUGCCACCGUAGGGGAGCCGCGGCGAGCUUCCCCCUCCGACGACGUGCGAAGGACGCCUCCUCACGAAACUCGACAAGUAAUUGGCAAAUUUACUUGUCAAUUACAUCCAAACGAAACUUGGGCAAUUCACAUUAAUGUUUCAGUAUUUCUCGCCUCCAAACGAAGAAAUCGAAGGGGAAGCGACGGAAUUAAGAGGCUCUCUGGAGUGCUGAAGCUGCGUACAUAUGAUAUGCAGAAACACUACCACUUCUGUGCUCCGAGAUAAAAAAUUCUUCCUCUCACUUCUUAAUAAGGCCACUAAACUUCCUCAACUCCUCCAAACGCAAGCGCAGUUAAUCGUCCACGGCAUUCACAGUGAUCUAUCUACAAUUACCAAGCUUACCCACAAGUUCUUUGACCUCGGGUCCAUUCGCCACGUGCACGAGCUCUUUGUUAAUGUCUGCAGACCUGAUCUAUUCAUGUUCAAUGUCCUUAUAAGAGGCUUCUCGGACAAUAACUUGCCCAAAUCUUCGAUCUCUGUCUAUACCCAUUUGAGAAAAAGGACUAAUCUAAGGCCAGACAAUUUCACUUAUGCAUUUGCUAUAUCAGCUGCUUCGAGGUUUGAAGAUGAAAGGAUUGGCACCUUGUUGCACGCACAUUCAAUUGUUGAUGGGGUGGCAUCGAACUUGUUUGUUGGGUCUGCAACCGUUGAUUUAUACUUUAAAUUUACGCGCGCGGACUUGGCGCGGAAGGUGUUUGAUGUAAUACCUGAGCGAGAUACGGUUUUGUGGAACACGAUGAUAUCCGGGUUUUCUAGGAACUCAUGUUUUGAGGACUCGAUUCGUGUUUUUGCAGAUAUGCUUGACGUUGGGCUGCCAUUUGAUUCUACAACUUUGGCUACGGUGCUUACAGCAGUGACGGAGUUGCAGGAAUAUAGAUUAGGGAUGAGUAUUCAAUGUUUGGCUUCCAAAAAAGGGUUCCAUUAUGAUGUCUACGUGCUUACAGGUUUGAUAUCAUUGUAUUCAAAAUGUGGGGAGAGUGACAAAGGAAGGUCGUUGUUUGAUCAGAUUGGUCAGCCAGAUUUGAUAUCUUAUAACGCAAUGAUUUCUGGUUAUACUUUCAAUCAUGAAACUGGGUCGGCAGUGGCACUCUUCAGGGAAUUGCUUGCUUCCGGACAGGAAGUUAAUUCAAGCACAUUGGUGGGCUUAAUUCCAGUUUUUUCGCCCUUUGGCCAUCUGCAGCUUACUUGCUCUAUUCAAACUUUAAGCACGAAGAUUGGUAUUGUUUCACAACCUUCUGUUUCAACUGCACUCACUACUGUUUACUGUCGACUAAACGAAAUUCAAUGUGCAAGGCAGCUGUUUGACGAAUCUUCGGAGAAAACUUUGGCUUCCUGGAAUGCCAUGAUAUCAGGAUACACUCAAAAUGGGUUGACAGAGAGAGCAAUUUCUCUUUUCCAGGAAAUGAUGCCUCAACUCAGUCCAAAUCCUGUCACCAUUACCAGUGUACUUUCGGCUUGCGCUCAGCUUGGAGCUCUAAGUAUUGGCAAAUGGGUCCAUGGAUUGAUUAAGAGUGAAAAACUCGAAUCAAAUGUAUAUGUCUCAACUGCUUUAGUUGAUAUGUAUGCAAAGUGUGGUAGCAUUGCGGAGGCUAGACAGUUAUUUGACAUGAUGGCAGAAAAGAACGUGGUAACUUGGAAUGCUAUGAUAACUGGUUAUGGUCUUCAUGGAUAUGGAAAAGAAGCACUAAACCUCUUUAAUGAGAUGUUGCAAUCAGGGACUCCACCGACUAGGGUUACUUUUCUAUCUAUCUUGUAUGCUUGCAGUCAUUCUGGCUUGGUGAGAGAGGGUAAUGAAAUUUUCCACUCUAUGGUUAACAAUUAUGGUUUUCAGCCCAUGAGCGAGCACUAUGCUUGCAUGGUCGACAUACUUGGGAGAGCUGGACAGCUAAAGAAUGCCUUGGAGUUCAUCGAAAGAAUGCCACUUGAGCCCGGCCCUGCUGUUUGGGGUGCAUUGCUUGGUGCCUGCAUGAUUCACAAGAAUACAGACAUAGCCCAUGUUGCUUCAGAAAGACUUUUCCAAUUGGACCCAGAAAAUGUAGGAUACUAUGUCCUGCUUUCAAAUAUUUAUUCUGCUGAUAGGAACUUCCCCAAAGCUGCUUCUGUCCGACAAGUUGUUAAGAAGAGAAAACUGGCAAAGACGCCAGGGUGCACUCUUAUUGAGAUCGGUAAUCAACCAUAUGUUUUCACAUCUGGUGAUCAGUGCCAUCCUCAGGCCACAGCCAUUUAUGCCAUGCUAGAGAAGUUAGCAGGAAAGAUGAGAGAGGCUGGAUAUCAAUCGGAGACUGUUACUGCUUUGCAUGAUGUAGAGGAUGAAGAGAAGGAGUUAAUGGUGAAUGUCCACAGUGAAAAAUUAGCAAUUGCUUUUGGGCUCAUUUCAACUGAACCUGGAACUGAAAUUAGGAUUAUCAAGAACCUCCGAGUUUGUUUAGACUGUCAUACUGUAACUAAAUUUAUAUCUAAGAUCACGGAGAGAGUGAUUGUGGUCAGGGAUGCUAAUAGGUUCCAUCAUUUCAAAAAUGGUAUUUGUUCAUGUGGAGACUAUUGGUGAAGAUAACACUCCCAUGGUAGUUAAGAUUAUUGGAUAGGGGGAAUGUAUAACUUAUUUUGGGAAGCCAUAAAAGCCAAAAGCCAUUGGCUAACAUGUAUGAGAUUUAAAAUGACAUUAUUAAUAA